AUGGGAGAUGUUGGAGCACAAUAUUUUGCUAAUGCAUUACGACAUAAUAUGACACUCACUCAACUGGAUCUUGGAUUUAAUCAAAUCGGGGAUGCUGGAGGAGAAUACUUGGCUGAUGCAUUACGACAUAAUACGGCACUCACCAUACUAUAUCUUUAUGAUAAUCAAAUCGAACAUGUUGGUGCAAAACAUUUGGGGAAUGCGUUACGACAUAAUAGAACACUCACUACACUGAAUCUUCGAGAUAAUCAAAUCGGAGAUCUUGGAGCACAACAUUUGGGAGAUGCAUUACGACAUAAUACGACCCUAACCACGCUGCAUCUCUUUUAUAAUCAAAUCGGAGAUGUUGGAGCACAACAUUUGGCUGAUGCAUUACAACAUAAUACGACACUUACGACACUCUAUCUAGGAUGGAAAGAAAUCGGAGAUGUUGGAGCACAACAUUUGGCUAAUGUACUACGAAACAACACAAUACUCACUAAAUUGAUUCUUGGAUUUAAUGAAAUCGGAGAUGUUGGAGCACAAUAUUUGGCUGAUGCAUUACGACAUAACACGACACUCACUCAACUGGAUCUUGGACAUAAUCGAAUCGGAGAUGCUGGAGCAGAAUAUUUGGCUGAUGCAUUACGACAUAACACAGCACUCACCAUACUAUAUCUUUAUGAUAAUCAAAUCGAACAUGUUGGUGCAAAACAUUUGGGGAAUGCAUUACGACAUAAUAGAACACUCACUACACUGAAUCUUCGAGAUAAUCAAAUCGGAGAUCUUGGAGCACAACAUUUGGGAGAUGCAUUACGACAUAAUACGACCCUAACCACGCUGCAUCUCUUUUAUAAUCAAAUCGGAGAUGUUGGAGCACAACAUUUGGCUGAUGCAUUACAACAUAAUACGACAUUCACUACACUGGAUCUUCGAGAGAAUCCAGUCGGAGAUGUGGGAGCACAACAUUUGGCUAAUGUACUACGAAAUAACACAAUCGGAGAUAUUGGAGCACAAUAUUUCGCUAAUGCAUUACGACAUAACACGACACUCACUACACUGAAUCUUGGAUAUAAUCAAAUCGGGGAUGCUGGAGCAGAAUAUUUGGCUGUUGCAUUAGGGCAUAAUACUACACUUACCACACUACAUUUCUAUCAUAAUCAAAUCGGAAAUAUUGGAGUAAAACACUUGGGAAUCGCAUUACGACACAACAGGACACUCACUAAACUGGAUCUUGGAUAUAGUAAGAUCGGAGAUGUUGGAGCACAAUAUUUAGCUGAUGCAUUGCGACAUAAUACGGCACUUACCACACUACUUCUCGGUUGGAAUAAAAUCGGAGAUGUUGAAGCACAACAUUUGGGCGACGUAUUACGAAACACCACAACACUCACUACAUUGGAUCUUCGAUCUAAUGAAAUCGGAGAUGUUGGAGCACAACAUUUAGCUGAUGCAUUACGACAUACUACAACACUCACUACCUUGGUUCUUGGAUUUAAUGAGAUCGAAGAUGUUGGAGCACAACAUUUAGGUGCUUUAUUACGACACAACAGGACACUUACUACACUGAAUCUUGAUUUUAAUCGAAUCGGAGAUGUCGGAAUACAAUAUCUAGCCGAUGCAUUACGAUAUAACACGACACUUACCACACUAUGUCUUUGGCGCAAUUAUAUCGAAGAUGUUGGAGCACAACAUUUGGCUAAUGCAUUACGACAUAAUACGACACUAACUACACUGGAUUUCCGUGAUAAUCAAAUCGGGCAUGUUGGAUUACAAUAUUUCGCUGAUGCAUUACGAGAUAACAUGACACUCACUGAACUGCAUAUGACUGAAAGGGUAAUGAUAUACGGCGAUCUUGGUAAAAUCAAGCAAUUUGUUCGACGCAAUCAACAACGAAAUAAACCGUAG